AUGUUCGCUCGUUCAAUGUUCAUCAGUGAAGGUGACAUGACGUCGAAAGUGAAUUCUGAUCUUCUAAAGGAGAGAAAUAAGUGUAACUUUGAUAUACAAGAAUUAACACAUUUACUAGACGAUGGGGCUGAUAAUACUAAGCAGAGAAGGGAUUUUGAGGAAAAAAUCCUCAGUGUGAAGGGAAUCUUAGACGAUGUGCCAGAAGAAUAUCUUAGUCAUAAAGAAAAAUAUGAGAACGCUGUGCGAAAAGCCGUUCUUUUAACACGGGCAUUAAAAACUUACAAUGAUGAGAAUUUGCCUUUUGAAGAAAGGGUUAUGGCUAGUUUUCGCACUUCGGUAUAUGGCGCUAUUCAUAAAGACGUUUCGCCCUUCUUGCUGCAUACUGCCAUGUUUCUGACCGCUAUUUUGGGCCAAGGAACUGAUGAACAAAGAGAUUAUUGGAUUAAAAGAAUUCUAAAUUACGAAGUUAUUGGAACUUACGCUCAGACCGAAUUAGGCCACGGAACGUUCAUUCGUGGUUUAGAAACUCAAGCUACCUAUGAUCCAAGCACAGAAGAAUUCAUUCUACACAGUCCAACGUUAACUUCUUAUAAAUGGUGGCCUGGGGGCUUAGGACACACAGCAAAUUACUGCGUACUGAUGGCACAGCUCUAUAUAAAUGGCAAGAAUUACGGUAUCCAACCGUUUACGGUCCAGAUUAGGGAUGAAGAAACUCAUAUGCCCUUACCAGGUAUCAAAGUGGGGGAAAUUGGACCAAAACUUGGUUUUAAUUCAGCAAACAAUGGAUUUCUUGGAUUUGACAAUGUAAGGAUUCCCAGGACCAUGAUGCUGAUGAAGAAUGCACAAGUAUUAAAGGAUGGCACAUUUAAAGCCUCAUCGAACAGUAAGCUAACUUACGGUACUAUGGUGUACGUAAGAGUUACAAUAGUGAACACUGCCUCCAAGUACCUUGAAAGAGCAAUCACUAUUGCGAUUAGAUAUUCUGCUAUACGGAGACAGUCUCAACCAAAACCUAAUGAACCAGAGCCACAAAUUUUGGACUAUGUUACGCAACAGCAUAAGCUAAUCAUAGGUAUAGCAACAGUCCACGCUUAUCACUUCACAGUCAGGUGGCUCUGGGACUUGUACAUCAAAAUAAACAAAGAUUUAAAUCAAGGGAAACUGAGCGACUUGCCCGAGCUUCACGCGUUAGCCUGUUGUUUGAAAGUUAUCAGCUCUUCAGAUUGUACGGCCCUUAUAGAAAAGUGUCGUCUAGCGUGCGGCGGACACGGGUACAUGCUGUCCUCAUCUCUGCCCCUGUUAUAUGGCUUGUCCACAGCUACAUGCACUUAUGAAGGAGAAAAUACAGUUUUGCUGUUACAGGCUGCGAGAUCUUUGGUAAAAGCUUGGUAUCAAGCUGCCAAAGGUGAAAAACUCAGCCCUUCCAUGGUAUAUCUCACAGAAGACGUUUCGACCCCAUGGAAUAAUUCCCUCAAUGGAAUACUGAAGGGUUUCCAGAGGACAUCUAGGGGUAAAUUAUCCGCUGCUGUGUCCAGCCUUGAGCAAUACAAAGCAUCGGGACUGUCGUCUGAAGAUGCGUGGAACAAAGCGUCCAUACAAUUAACUUCGGCCGCCGAGGCGCACGCAAGAGUCAUCGUGCUGUCCGUUUACAAGAGUGAAAUAGAUCAGCGAGUGUCAAAUGUAUCUCCGCCUCUGAGAGCUGUGUUACAGCAACUUCUAGAACUCUACUUUAUUUACUGGACACUAGAAAAGAUUGGAGAUUUAUUAUUGUAUACUAAACUCUGUGAAAAGAAUGUUCGAAAAUUGCAAAGGAGAUAUGAAGAUUUACUUGAGAAUAUUCGACCUAAUGCUGUAGGAUUGGUGGAUGCUUUCGAUUUAAGAGAUGAGAUUUUGAACUCUACACUAGGAGCUUACGAUGGGCGAGCUUAUGAGCGCUUAAUGGAGGAAGCAAUGAAAAGCCCCCUUAAUAAGGAGCCAGUAAAUGAGUCUUUUCAUAAGUACCUUAAGCCUUUCCUUCGUGGAAAGUUA